UUCAAACGCGAGAAAAGUAGCACUGGCCGCGCGAGAGAGAUACGGAUGCCAGAGUGAUUACAAAAGUAAACCGCAACUGCCCAGGCAUAUUUAGAACAUGCAUUAAAUAUAUGGAAAUGUACAGUUAUAUAUAUAUAGAAGUAUAAACAAAUCUGCUGCAAUUCGCGCCUAACAACACAGAAGUCAUGUGCGAGUUGUACAAUUUGUUGAAGUUUACACGUGUUUUCAAAGAGUUCGCAUCGACUUCGUACCUGAGCUUGUGUCUGUGAAUUGAGUGUGUGGCAAUGCUAUAUCAAAGCAGAUUAGUUAAUGGAAAUUCAUUUACGCUUACUCUUCAGCUGCUCUUGGCUAUUUCUGGCAGGUUUUGCGGCGUAGUCGCUGCUCAAGAUGAGUCCAUGACUCUGACAACUACAGCAGCAGCAGCAGCAGCAGCAACUAAUAUACCCGCUUUGAUACCCAGCCAUAGCUGUGUCAACUGGACGUCGGCGCCAGAGGCUGCGGAUGGCAACUGCACGAGGCUAUCGCGCAAUGGCUUGAUCAGAUGCUAUGGCGGCAUGAACAAUCUGGCAGCAUUAAACUCGAAGCCGGGCAAAGCUUUGCCGGCGCAGCAGAUGCUCUUAUGCGGCUGGCCAAGGGAGUCCUUCAAUCCGCUGCGUGAGCUGCAAAAGUUUUCACAGCUGCGCGCACUGACCAUCGAGUACAGCGGCUUCACGGAGUUCAUAUUUGAUUUUCCAGAUAUGUAUCACCUGCAGGCCAUUAAUAUCUCCUGGACGAAUCUCUCGUACAUUUCGGCGCGCACCUUCAAGCGCAUACACGCCUUGGAAGUCUUAGAUCUGCGCUGGAAUCAACUCAUACAGCUGGAUGGACCACUGAUGCUGCCGCACUCCUUCCAGCAACUCUACCUGGCGGGCAAUCCGUGGAACUGCACGCGCAACUUCAAGUGGCUGCUGCUGCAGCCAGAGAAGGGUCGCUUGGUGGCUGAUCGCGAGGAGCUCAUUUGCACCGAUCGCAAGUACAAAGAGCGACAAAUGCUGCUGGUCAUGCACUACAAGGUGGUGCUUCGCCGAGAGUGCCAAUCGCAUCCAGAUCUGCUGAACUGCACUUGCCUGAUGCAUCACAUCAUCCCGAAGUCAUACAUUCCACUUUACACGGUCAACUGUUCGCACCUUCAGUUUCAGACUUUGCCAGCGUAUUUGCCAGAGAACACAACCACCUUGUAUAUCAAUGAUAAUCAGAUCAGCGAUAUAAAUCCAUUGCGCGAUAAUCCACACUAUCGGCAUGUGGUGGACGUGCAGCUGGAAAACAAUUGGAUCUCAAACAUUGACGUGCUGGAGGACACCUAUUGGCUGCAAAACUUUCGUCUGUUCAACCUGCAGGGGAAUCAGCUGCGCAAGCUUCAGGUGUAUGCGCUGGACAAUGCGCUGAACGAUAACGAGAAUGCGAAUCUCUUCCUGAUUAGCAGGAAUCCUUGGCAUUGCACGUGCAAGUUCGGCAUGCGACUUCGCGAGUUCCUCACCAAGUACAAGGACAUUGUGCGGGAUGCCUGGAAUGUCACCUGCACCUAUAUGCAGGGAGACGAGCUACGGCUGGCCAAGGUCUUGACCCUCACCCGCCACGAUAUGUGCAACAUUAGCGUCGAAGAUGAUAUGCGCAUCCAUCCCAUCGACUGGCUCAACUGUGUGCUCGCCAGCCUCAUCAUUCUGAUUCUUGGCAAGCUGGCGUAUGACUAUUAUUUCUACAAAUAUCACGGUCGGGUGCCAUGGAUAGUCAUGAAGAUGCCAUAGGAAACUUCUUAAUGGAACUCCUUAGGCAAAUAUCAGAGCACUUACUGUAUCUAAAUAUGAUAUCAUGAGAUCCUUAUCCCACCAAUUUCUUAAAUUAAUUUAA